UCCUUUUGUAUCCUCUUUCUUUCUGCGCAAAACGCUUCGCAAAGUCGCACGCUUUUUGAGCUUUAUCUCGAUUUAACUGCCCCAAAAUGUCCGAGGAAGUGGUGGAGUCCAGCAGCCAGGAGGCGAGCCAGGUGCCACCGCAGGAGGAGGAGAUCUGGGCCGAGGAUGCCACCACAAUAGCCGCCCAGCAGGCCACCGAGUGGCCGGAAAUCAAGCUCUUCGGACGCUGGGCUUGCGACGACAUCUCCAUCAGCGACAUCUCGCUGCAGGACUACAUCGCCGUGAAGGAGAAGUUCGCCCGCUACCUGCCGCACUCCGCCGGACGCUAUGCGGCCAAGAGAUUCCGCAAGGCACAGUGCCCCAUCGUGGAGCGCCUCACCAGCGGACUGAUGAUGAAGGGGCGCAGCAACGGCAAGAAGCUUCUCGCCUGCCGCAUCGUCAAGCACGCCUUCGAGAUCAUCCACCUGCUGACCUCGGAGAAUCCGCUCCAGGUCACGGUCAAUGCCAUCGUCAAUUCCGGUCCCCGCGAGGACUCCACGCGCAUUGGACGCGCCGGCACUGUGCGCCGCCAGGCCGUCGAUGUGUCGCCCUUGAGGCGCGUCAACCAGGCAAUUUGGCUGAUUUGCACUGGAGCACGUGAGGCUGCUUUCCGCAAUAUCAAGACCGUGGCCGAGUGCCUGGCCGAUGAGCUGAUCAACGCGGCCAAGGGAUCCUCCAACUCCUAUGCCAUCAAGAAGAAGGACGAGUUGGAGCGCGUGGCCAAAUCGAAUCGUUAAGCUGCGACUAUUUCUUCAUUUUCAUGAAUUGAUGCCGACUUACAUAAGUUGCUAUGUAAUCAUUUCAUCUACUAACUAAAUACACAAAUGUAUUUUA